UCAUGGCAUUACAUCUCCAAACGUUGUUACCAAUCUCCAUUAUUCUAGCCAUCAUUUCAUCAGGGCUGCACCCGUGCGAGUCAGCCAGAGUCUUCACCAUAGUCAACAACUGUAAGGAAAACAUCUGGCCCGCCGUCACACCAGGGGACAACUUCGACGGUGGCGGCUUCUUUCUGAAACCCAACCAAUCCCGUGUCUUCACUGCCCCCGUGAGCUGGUCGGGCCGGAUAUGGGCUCGAACCGGAUGCAAAUUCGACUCCAGCGGAAGCGGAUCGUGCGUGACAGGAGCCUGUGGUUCCUCCUUGAAAUGCUCAGCCUCGGGAAAGCCUCCUGUUUCACUUGCGGAAUUUACCCUCGUGGCCUCGGAUUUCUACGACGUGAGCCUCGUCGAUGGCUUCAACGUGCCGGUAGCUAUUCUGCCCAUAAAUGGAACAGGAAAUUGCACUACGGUUAGGUGCGACUAUGACAUGAGACCAAAGUGUCCGUCAGAGCUUGCUGUGAAGUCCAACGGCAAAGUUGUGGGGUGCCGGAGUGCCUGCGACGUGUUCAACACCGAUGAGUACUGCUGCAGAGGCAAUUAUGGGAACCCCACUACGUGCCAACCUACGAAUUACUCCAAGAAGUUUAAGGACGCGUGCCCUAAUUCUUAUAGUUAUGCAUACGAUGAUCCAUCAACUAUUUUCACCUGCACGAGUCCUGACUAUGACAUUGCCUUCUGCUCCUCCAGGAAGCAACAAGUGUGCCCGUACCAACAAGUGUGCAAUGGAUCGAAGGGCCUAAACUCGUUGAUCGGAAGGUGGAUGGUCAGGGCGAUUGUGGGAUACUGGAUGCUUAGUCUGUGGAAUCUGUUCUGAAACUGGUUAAUAUUUAUAUAAAGUCGGUUCUUCUGAUCCAGUUCGUUUGACAUGAACGAUUUUGGACUGAAGAACCAACCUGCUUUUUUCCUCUC